AUGCCCAUCGACAAGUCUGCCCCUCUCAGGCUCGACGACGACUUCGGCCAGAUCGACGCCGUAGCCAUCGUGGCUAACAAGGACAUGUUGAAGUCGGAGAAGCGACGCAGGGCGUUCCGACGGUGCGGAAUCCGGCUGGGCGACAGCACGAACGCCGUGGACAGCCGGACCGGCACCGAUGCCAAGAUCCAGCAGAUCGACGCCGGGCUGGAAAUCAUGCUCUGCGGGGCCAGUCACGCGGAGGCGUGGGAAACCGGGCUCCGGAGGCACUACUUGAGAGGUCCAAUGACUCCCGACGAGAAGGAGGAAAUCAUGCUGGACCUAGCCGUCUACGUGGGCUGGCACCAGGAGGUCUUGUGCGCGUUGGAUGAGGCCCCUGCAGAUGGCUCCGCCGAGGGUUCUGGCCCUUAUACAGGUGGUAGUGUUUCCUUACUCGAGGGCUUCAAGUUACACUGCCCUGCCCAGCCAGUGAUAUGUUUGGGUGCUAUGGUCAUUCGUGCGCUGUCUCAGAGCUUUGCACUUCAGGAUUAG